AUGUUGCUCAAGCGAUUGCAAUCCUUGUUUAAUGAAGACAAAUCCAUCAAGGCUCAAUUGUAUUCUCAAGAAUCUAUUCAACAGUCGUCAGCCUCUUUACCUUGUUCCAUAGCAAGAUCAGCCAUCAAAGACCAGCAGAUAGACCAGCAUGUCCAAUCUGGCAUUCAACAUCAUGAACUAGGCCAACUGGAAAAGGCGACACAUUGCUUUCGAUUAGCAUCAAAAGAAGGCUGUCCAAUUGGUAUGUUUUUAUACGGCAUAUCUCUGCGCCAUGGAUGGGGCUGUAGAUUAAAUACUUCGCUUGCGUUUCAGUAUCUACAAACAGCAGCUGAGCAUGCUGUGGAUGAUCUUUUGCACGGGGAUGAAUAUGCACUUGCAUCCAAAGGUGAACUGAUUAUGGCAAUCUAUGAGUUGGGAGUCUCAUUUCAGCAGGGCUGGGGUGUUACGAAAAGCAAAGAAACUGCAUUUUAUUACUUUGAAAUUGCUGCCAAAUUGGGCGAUUGCGAUGCUAUGAAUGAUUUAGCAUUCUGCUACCACCAUGGACAUGGUGUGAAAAAGAACAUUUAUAAAGCAGCGCAAUACUAUAGAAUGGCUGCAAGGCAGGGUCAAGGCCAAAUUGGAAAUUCAUGGAUUUGGAAAGAGAAAUACAACAUUGUAGAUGAUCCUGACUGGGAGAAAUAA